AUGGCGGUGGCCUUCCGUGGAGGCCGGGGCGGCGUCGGAUCCGGCCAAUCUUCCGGACUUCGCAGUUUCUUCUCUUACCGGAUCUUCAUCUCCGCCCUCUUCUCUUUUCUCUUCCUUGCCACGUUCUCCGUCGUCCUCAACUCUUCUCGUCAUCAGCCUCAUCAGGAUCAUAUAUUGCCAAGUAUGGGAAACGCAUAUAUGCAGAGGACGUUUUUGGCUUUACAAUCGGAUCCAAUGAAAACGAGGCUGGAUCUGAUACACAAGCAAGCGACUGAUCAUCUGACACUUGUGAAUGCAUAUGCGGCUUACGCCAGGAAGCUGAAGCUUGAUGCGUCCAAGCAGCUGAAGCUUUUUGAAGAUUUGGCUAUCAACUUCUCGGAAAUGCAGUCGAAGCCUGGUUUGAAGUCUGCUGUGUCUGACGACGGCAACGCUCUUGAGGAAGAUGCGUUUAGGCUGCUUGAGAAAGAAGUGAAAGAUAAGGUGAAGACAGCGAGGAUGAUGAUUGUUGAGUCGAAAGAGAGUUAUGACACACAGCUGAAAAUCCAGAAGCUGAAAGAUACAAUCUUUGCUGUGCAAGAACAGUUGACAAAGGCGAAGAAAAACGGCGCUGUUGCAAGCUUGAUUUCAGCCAAAUCGGUUCCUAAAAGUCUGCAUUGUUUGGCCAUGAGGCUUGUAGGAGAGAGGAUCUCACAUCCGGAGAAGUACAAGGAUUCUCCACCUGACCCAGCUGCGGAGGAUCCGAGUCUUUACCACUAUGCGAUUUUCUCUGAUAAUGUGAUUGCUGUGUCGGUUGUGGUGAGAUCGGUUGUGAUGAAUGCCGAGGAGCCAUGGAAGCAUGUCUUCCACGUGGUGACCGAUCGAAUGAAUCUUGCAGCCAUGAAGGUGUGGUUUAAGAUGCGUCCUUUGGACCGUGGUGCUCAUGUUGAGAUCAAGUCGGUGGAGGAUUUCAAGUUCUUGAACUCUUCGUAUGCGCCGGUCUUGAGACAGCUCGAGUCUGCCAAGUUGCAGAAGUUCUACUUCGAGAAUCAAGCAGAGAACGCGACGAAAGAUUCACAUAACCUCAAGUUCAAGAACCCAAAAUACCUCUCGAUGCUGAACCAUCUCAGAUUUUACUUACCAGAGAUGUAUCCGAAGCUGAAUAAGAUCUUGUUCCUGGACGAUGACGUUGUGGUGCAGAAAGACGUGACUGGUCUAUGGAAGAUCAACUUGGAUGGGAAGGUGAAUGGAGCUGUUGAGACAUGCUUUGGCUCUUUCCAUCGAUAUGGUCAAUACCUAAACUUCACUCAUCCUCUGAUCAAAGAAAACUUUAACCCCAAUGCUUGUGCUUGGGCCUUUGGAAUGAACAUAUUUGAUCUCAAUGCUUGGAGGCGCGAGAAGUGCACCGAACAAUACCAUUACUGGCAGAACUUGAAUGAAGACAGAAGUCUGUGGAAAUUGGGGACUCUGCCUCCAGGAUUGAUGACAUUCUAUUCGAAGACGAAAUCGUUGGACAAAUCAUGGCAUGUGCUUGGGUUAGGGUACAACCCAGGAGUGAGCAUGGACGAGAUCAGAAAUGCAGGAGUGAUCCAUUACAAUGGAAACAUGAAACCGUGGCUUGACAUUGCUAUGAACCAAUACAAGUCUCUCUGGACUAAAUACGUGGAUAACGAAAUGGAGUUUGUGCAGAUGUGCAAUUUUGACCGUUCAUUUGCUAUAUAUCUGCUACAAAACUUCACCAGUCUCUGUAAUUUCACCGUGUUUCAGAUCUUUUCCUCUUCAUCUUUCUUCGAUAAUCUCAAAUCCUUCUCCGGAUAUAUCAGCAGAGAGAAGAAGAAGACAAUGGCUGUUCAACCAACUAGAAUAGGUCUAGCUGGACUAGCCGUGAUGGGCCAGAACUUAGCUCUCAACAUCGCAGAGAAAGGCUUCCCAAUCUCAGUCUACAACAGAACAACCUCCAAAGUCGACGAGACCGUAGAACGAGCCAAGAAGGAAGGCAACCUCCCGCUCUACGGCUUCCACGACGCCGAGUCUUUCGUCAACUCGAUCCAGAAGCCACGUGUCAUCAUCAUGCUCGUCAAGGCCGGUGCGCCCGUUGACCAGACCAUCAAGACCCUCUCUGCCUACUUGGAGAAAGGUGACUGCAUCGUCGACGGUGGUAACGAGUGGUACGAGAACACGGAGAGGAGAGAGAAAGCCGUGGCUGACAACGGUUUCCUCUACCUCGGAAUGGGAGUCUCCGGUGGUGAAGAAGGUGCUCGUAAUGGUCCGUCUAUGAUGCCUGGAGGCUCUUACGAAGCUUACAAGAACAUUGAAGACAUUCUCCUCAAGGUCGCAGCUCAGGUUAGGGACAGUGGUCCCUGCGUGACCUACAUUGGUAAAGGCGGCUCUGGAAACUUCGUCAAAAUGGUCCAUAAUGGGAUUGAGUACGGUGACAUGCAGCUGAUUGCUGAAGCUUACGACGUUCUGAAAUCCGUUGGGAAACUAUCCAACGAAGAGCUUCACAGUGUGUUCAGCGAGUGGAACAAUAGUGAGCUUGAGAGUUUCUUGAUUGAGAUCACAGCGGAUAUCUUCGGGAUUAAGGAUGAUAAGGGUGAAGGGCAUUUGGUUGACAAGGUUCUGGACAAAACCGGGAUGAAAGGUACCGGGAAAUGGACCGUGCAGCAAGCUGCUGAGCUGUCUGUUCCAGCGCCGACCAUUGAGUCCUCUCUUGACGCGAGGUUUCUCAGCGGGCUUAAAGACGAGCGUGUGGAAGCAGCUAAAGUGUUCAAAGAAGGUGGCUUUGGUGAUAUCUUGACAGAUCAAAAGGUUGACAAGAAGCAGCUGAUCGAUGACGUGAGGAAAGCUCUGUACGCGUCGAAGAUCUGCAGCUACGCGCAAGGCAUGAACCUGAUCCGUGCCAAGAGCGAGGAGAAAGGGUGGGGGUUGAAGCUAGGUGAGCUUGCUAGGAUCUGGAAAGGAGGUUGCAUCAUCAGAGCAAUCUUCUUGGACAGGAUCAAGCAAGCUUACGACAGGAACGCGGAGCUGGCUAACCUGUUGGUGGAUCCGGAGUUUGCGAAAGAGAUCAUCGAGAGACAGUCGGCUUGGAGGAGAGUUGUGUGCUUAAGCAUAAACUCGGGGAUUAGCACGCCUGGUAUGUCAGCGAGUCUGGCUUACUUUGAUUCAUACAGGAGAGAGAGAUUGCCGGCGAACCUUGUCCAAGCUCAGAGAGAUUACUUUGGUGCUCACACUUAUGAAAGGACUGAUGUUGAAGGAUCAUUCCACACCGAGUGGUUCAAGAUUGCUAGACAAUCCAAAUCCAAGAUGUAA